AACAGGAAGCAGUUUUCUGACACUGUGGCCGCAGCGAACCCUGAACUGGGAAUUUCAAGUGGUCGGUUCAGGAGACAGAAAAAGGCAGAAGCACGUAUAGUAUUCGAGAACUAAAGGAGAAAAUAAAAGAACGGCGUAACUAGAGGUCAGCGGCGACAAACACUCGGAUGGCUUCGCAGAGCAGCACAUGAAAUCCCAUCUUUGUUUCUGUCUGUUGUGUUAAUGGCGCUGCUGUAUUGAGCGUCCCCGUUAUCUGCAGCUCUGUACCGAGAAAAAAAGUUCAUAUUUGGGAUCAGGAAUUGAAACUAAAUACUAAAUGUUAUUGUUAAUUAUCGAAGCCAUAUGAUGCUUACAGGUCGCAUUGAACUCGCUUUAGGAUCUGACUGUCAUUCCUGAGGUCUUCCAAAACUCACGUCUUGCCUCAUAAACAUCAAACACAUCAGUAUCUACCAAGACAGAAAACAAGGAAACUGCUAUAUUUCUGGUAAUGACAGAUGUACAAAAUGGAAGACAUGUCCCAGGCUGUCCAGAAGAAAUAUAAAUGCGAAGACGAGGUCCCGGAAAAAAGGAACACAAAUGAAGAAUGGGAGAAUACAACACUACCCAAGAGCCUGGUUUGCAAAGAUACCACGGAGAUAAGUAGAGUAGUUGUUAAGGAAGAGGACUGUGAGUGGGAAUCUGUUGGCAUCAAGGAAGAGAAUGAACAGAAAUCUAUCAGCACUCGCACACAAAAACUUGAAUAUAUGAAUGUUGUCAAAGAAGAAGACCUUAAGACAGAGUAUCUUCCUCAAUAUAUGUACUCCGAUGAAGAGGUCACAGGCUUAGGCUUCACGCCGAGCGGACCCUGCUCCCCUCAGUAUCAUUCUAUACAAGUGAAGGCCGAGUCACUGAAGUCUGGUGUGAUGGGAACUGAGGAGGCAUCAUGUUCAAGUUAUCCUGAAGAAUAUACACAGAAGAGGAGCAGCACCUCCCCUUCUUCAUUUGCCAAGUUCUUUGUUCAUCGCAUUCACAUACUGUGUGAUGAAAAAGUGAAGCAACCAACAUCUGGAUCAGGGAGUUUGAUACCAAGCACUUUGCAGAUAAAUGGCAAAUCUAAUUAUAAAGAUCAUCUAGGAAUUCAUAAAAGACAAAAGGAAUACUGCUGCACUAAAUGUGGUGAACAAUUCUCUACAAAGAGCAGCCUUCAGAGCCAUGCCAUCAUUCACACUGAGGAGAGGCCUUAUGGUUGUUCUGAAUGUGGUAAACGCUUCACUAAGAAACGCUAUCUUCACCACCAUGGUAGAAUUCACACUGGAGAGAAGCCUUAUAGCUGUUCUGAAUGUGGAAACCGAUUCACUGAUAGGAGCACUCUUGAGCAACACACAAGGAUUCACACUGGCGAGAAGCCAUAUUGUUGCUCUGAAUGUGGGAAGCGAUUCUCAAAUGGCAGCAGUUUUAAGCGACACAGAAGAAUUCACACUGGUGUGAAGCCUCAUUGCUGUUCUGAAUGUGGGAAAAGAUUCUCACUAAAAGCACAUCUUCAGAGACAUACAAAAAUUCAUACUGGAGAGAAGCCGUACUGCUGUUCUGAAUGUGGCAAACAAUUUACUGACAAACGGGGACUUCAGAGCCACACAAGAGUUCACACUGGAGAGAAGCCAUAUUGCUGUCCUGAGUGUGGCAAGAGGUUUUCACAAAAGAGCAGUCUUCAGAUACACAAAAGAAUUCAUACUGGAGAGAAGCCAUACUUCUGCUCUGAAUGUGGCAAGCAGUUUUCACAACUGACUACCCUUCAGAUACACAAGAGAACUCACACUGGAGAGAAACCAUAUUGCUGUCCUGAUUGCGGCAAGCAUUUUUCUGACAAUAGCAGUUUUCAGAGACACAGAAGAAUUCACACUGAACAGCGCACGAAACAAGCCCUUACGGAGAGCUUAACCAAGGAUAAACCUUAUGGCUGUCUUGAAUGUGGCAAGAGAUUCUCCAUCAGGAGCAGUCUUCAGGCCCACACAAAAAUUCACACUGGAGAAAAGCUAUAUUGUUGUUCUGAAUGUGGCAAACAAUUUACUGAUAAGCGCUAUCUUCCAAAACACACAAGAAUUCACACUGGAGAGAAACCUUAUGGCUGUUCUGAAUGUGGCAAACGAUUCUCUGACAAUAGCAGUUUUCAUAAACACAAAAGAAUUCACACUAGAGAGAAGAGCCAGAAGGAGUAAGUUGGAGGUAAAGCGUGAAUGGACAGUUGCCUUCUAAAUAGUCAAGUCGUGGUACAUAUUUUCACACGGUGAGCUUUGCUGUGUGAGGUCUCUACCAAAUCUCAUUACGGAAAAAUGACUUCAACACUAUGAGAAGGAUCCACAAAAGCCCUGAUGGCCAGGAUUAGUUGGCCAUCUCCUCUACUGCACUAGGGUUAGCAAUGGCAGUAACAAUCAGGCAAUGUUUUCAGGUCCAAAGAAGACCUCAAUAUGGUGUGUGCCUGGAUGGACAAGACCUUGGAUUACAAUUACAUACCUUAAGCAAGAGGGCAAAAUACACUCCAGAAGUCCGUCAUAAAUAAGGAGGAGGCCACUUUAAUGCAAUAAUUCAUGAGUUUCCAACUAAAUGAUAUUCAGAGAAACAACUCCGAUGAAAAUGAGAAUAUAUUGCUAUAACAAAAUAAGAAAUAACAUGAGAAAAAGAAGAACAUCUAAAAGCGGUGAGAAUAGAAACAAGACCUGGGAUAAGGAGAAGAUGAUGGACCUCGCAUGGUGUAGCAUUUGUGCCAACAUGAAAGCAUUAGUCAAGGAGGAAACAAGUAUUUCAUAGCUAAAUAAGUAUGAAUAAACACACACGGUUUGAUGGUUUGCCCUCAGACACAACAUGUCCUCAAAAGUAAUGGAUUAAAAGGUAACAUGUCUGAAGUCAUACAAAUUAUGAAGGAGAUUAAUACAUAUUAAUAUAUUAAUACAUAUUGCAAAACAGAGGAGAGUGACUAGGCCGAUUUAGGACUAGGAUUAGGAUUUAACCUUAAUUUUAGGAAGUACAAGCUACAAGGAGUUGAAUAUGGAGGUGACCCGAUUGAAGUGUUUAAAAUUAUGAAGAGAAUUAGUCCAGUCGAUCCUGGCUGUUGCAAGAACAAGAAUAUGUGGACUUACCUGGAGACUUGGGAGUAAAUUUGGCACAGACACUAGAACGGUUCUUACAAGGAGAACAAAAGAUACUUGGGGUGGAGCAUGAUGACCCCAAAAUUUGAGUUAUUUGUCAAAGAGUGAUACAUGAAUAAUAAAGGGCUGAGAAAAGAAGAGGUGAAUGUAGAUCAAGUUGAAUGUGACCGUGAAGACAUCGGUCCAAAACAAAUGGCCCUAAUACUCUGAAAGAGUUUUUCCCUGGAAGUCAACAAGGAGAGCACACACAAAUAUAAAUAUAAAUAAAUAAAUCGCAGGACAAUUAGCAAAGUUUACUCUAACUCAAUCGAGAGGAAACAAAAAGAAGAGAACAAAACAAAAUCAGAAAAUGCACCAACUGUACUGGAAAUUAAAGGCGAGCUCCUGGAUCUCAUUGAGACACGUAACAUGUUUACCGAAAUCCACAGAAGAGAAAAGAUGCCAGGGGUAUCAUUACACAACACCCUUUGCAUUUUUAGAUCAAAAGUGAACAAGAUAGAUAGAUAUAUAUUGAGGUUUUAGUUCUGGCCUUAUCUAUCUAAUGGAUGUGCUAACAGGAUCCAGUGCCACUCAGAAACACUCGUCACUUCUAAAGUGACAGCACAAAGGAACGUCAAACUACACCGUGCCCUGGGGAAACAAAUGGAAGUGAAACUAAGAUUCUGCACUGGGAGAUGUCAUUCAUUACAGUGCUUCUAAAACAAGUACAACAACUGAAAUCCCAGUACUGUACUGUAUAUUAAUAGUUGAGGAAACAAUGGCAAACAACAGCCUUGCAAGAUGAAAUGCAAUAAAAUUAUAGAGAACGGCUCAUUCUGAGCCAAGCCAAGUAAUUGUCCUAGAUGAUAAUGCAAAACAUCUAAUCAAUAAUUAUACGACCAGACUAAAAUGAAACUGACAGAUUCUGGAUAAACGUAACGUGAAAUCACUCAAGACAAGAAUAAAGAAGCAGAGUGAACAUGCCAGAAAACACACAAAUGAGAGCAAGCGACUGGACGGAGGUAACAAGUGAGCAUAAAAAAAGCAAACUCAGAACAAACCUGAAGACACCAGGACCAGAUGGCUUCCCCGAAUUCUGGCUUAAGCAACUCUUUAAAAAUGUGGAAUUGUAAUUGAGGCCUCAGAGGCUGUCCGCGAAAAUUCACAUUCAAAUAGUAAAACACCAAAAAACAGCUCGGUGAUAUACGUCUCCUCUGUGUAAAAGCUUUUUGUACCGAUAGGUGCUGACAGGAUUUAUAUGCCCCUCGAUCACAAUAAUGGGGUAAAAAAGGGAGCAAAGGAAAUUUCUACAACGCAAAUGAAGAACUGUUGCAAAAAACAACAUGGAGUGCUGCAAAGCCGUCAGAAAUGAAGAUGUGGAUUGAGCAUUAAAAAAAAAAUUAUGACCACAUAUGGCUGUUAUGAUGCCAGGAACUGUAUGAAAUCCACCCCGCUGACAAGUCUUGGCUAUUAUGUUAUUAAACGGCCUGAACACUAAACAGGCGGCAUAUUCCAGGGGAGCUUUUCCUGCCCUGCUGUUUUUCUCUCUUUCUUUACACCCAUUAAGCAACCCUCUCCAACAUCCUUUGCCAUAGAAUAAUAUCAGCACUCAAAGUCAGCCUCACCACCACGUAGUCACUUGGCUGUUGUGGAUGGAGAAACUGAAGCUCUACCGAAUGCUGUCUAAAAGAGCAAUUGGAGAUGGUGAAGUAAUUCUCAAAGAACAUUUGGUUAGAUAAGCAUACCAAAGCAAGCUUCAUCAAAUGUGUUACCAAGAAACCUGAUCAAGUUUCAGAGAUAAUCGUCAAUGUGGAUAUCUGUAGUGUAACAGUGUUGUUCCCCAGGACUCUCUAACCACACACAAUCGAACCCAAGCUACACAUCAACUCACAAUGACCAUAUUGGGUUGAAGACCUAAAAAUAUUCAAACAAGUGUUGAAAUCUUUACAGUAACAGAAGAAAGGCUCCACUGCCAUUGUUGGUGAGGUUUUGUUUGGACAGAGGUGGUUGGCUGCUUGUGUUCAAUCAUCUGACUCUAAUUAUGCCUUUAAUUAGAUUGAUGGUAGUUAGGGGGCCAUUAGUUUUUCACACUGUGAACUUUGUUCAUGAGAUGACAUCAUACUUUUUAAAUACAUCUGUUCAAUCACAUUUUUUUAAUCUAAGGUAAGAUUUUGAUUGAAGACAUGAAAUAAUGCACACCUCAUAGUUACAAUAGCAGAGGGAAUCAGGAAAGAGUGUAAAUACAGUUUCAUGGCACUGUAUACAGCACUUACAAACAGUCUUCAAUAAUAACGUGUGUCUUUAUCUGCAAGUUCCAUCCAUUAUCAGGGAGUGGUGGCUCUGCCACUAAAGGAUCUGGGCUGGUAACUUGAAGGUUGACGGUUUGACAGAAGGAAAGCUACUCCUUGAGCAAAGCCCUCAGCCUGCAGUUGUUGCAGGGGUGCUGUACAAAUAGCGGGCCCCAAAACUCUCUGGAGAGUAACAAAAGAUGACAAGUUCUUAAUGCAAGAAAUUGUAUAUGACGAUUAAAAAUCACUAAAGAUAAAAAAAUCGCUAAAUUUGCUCUGAGCAGUAAGAGGUCGUCAGCUGGUUAUUUGUGCACUUUGUUUCUUCAUAGUCUUAGUGUGAAAGAUGCACCCUGGUAUCUGAACAGGGCUAAGUCUGCAGGUGGUCUGCGGCAACUGUUUUUACUCAGUUAUUCUGACCCCUUUUUGAACAUUUUAUUGGGAAUGCUCUCUUUUAGUUACAACUUUUUUUUUUUUUUUUGUCAUUUAUAGUCACUAUGUAUGUGUAUCAGUCUCCUUUCGUUAUUAUUGGGUAUGUGCCAUUUUACUAUAUAUUUUAAAGAUUACAUAUUUGAUUUCUUUGUAAAAUAUCCUUUUUGUAAUUUUUGUUAUUGAGGAAAUAUUUUUAAAUAGAACUUUUUUUCUUCAAACUGAUCAGUGUUGAGGUUAAACUUUGUUUAAAUCAUUUGGAAAUAUACUGUUACUUCUCAUGCCCACCCAUACGACUGCUUGUUUCUUUAGAAAUGCAGAUGUCUGUCUUCAUUUCACCCUUUGUACACACUACACCAGCGUUUCUAACUGACUAAAGUGAACACUUCAGAAAACGCUGACCCCAUUGCACUCUGGGAUAAUGUCUUAAUGUGCUAAUGCCCUUCCCUGAUUGGCUCCUACUCACUAUAACAACUGAUAUCCUGAUUGGUCACCCCUCAUGGAAGAAAAACGCAUUCUGACGUAGCAGGCACAGAGUUGUUGCUUUCAGUGGUGCUUGCUGUAUUGCUUACCUGUAUGCAUUUCAUUUGAGGUUUUUGUUUUUUACAGUUUGAAUGCUGCAAACACAAACAAAAGGCAAAUGGGCGCUACAGAUUAGCAAUAAAUCCUGUUGCUGAUGGCGUUACUCUUAUUGUGACAGAUUCAGAGCCCCUUGAAAAUCACUGCAAAGAUUUAUUGCCAGUUCAAAGCCAAAGCUGCCAUCUCUUUGUCAGACUUGGCAUUUUGGAUAUGAAACUUUCUGAGCCCAGAACACUUCUAGAGCUUUUAACAUGGCUCUGUCAAGAAGUGUUACAAUAAGGCAGGGUCCUGCCUAUCGACAUGCGUGAUUUGUGAUUCCAGUUAUCUUUUAAGCUUCACAGGAGAAUCCUACGUGUUACUGUGUGCUGGUGGGAAUAGUUUGAACCAUACUAGCUGCUUAGCCAUUAGGGGACCUUGAGCUCCUAUCUAUCUAUCUAUCUAUCUAUCUAUCUAUCUAUCUAUCUAUCUAUCUAUCUAUCUAUCUA